CGCAUUGAACAUAUCAAGGAAGAAGACGUCAAGGACGAAGAAGAAGUAAAGCAACAUGGCGUCUGCUAUUCCAAUGUUUUUGUUGUCAAAUGUAUUUUUCAUUUUGGAGGCAGCGGAUAGCGAUCUGAUGCUAGGCGCAUGCUACAAACCUAUCCGGGACGGUAGACCUACAUCUGUCAAGACAUAUCCCCGACCCCAUGAAUACCUUAAUGUGUCUGAGCUGCCAGCGUUUUGGGACUGGAGGAACAUUGAGGGGAAAAACUAUGCGAGCAUCACGCGGAACCAGCACAUUCCACAGUACUGCGGCUCGUGCUGGGCCAUGGGAGCUAGCAGUGCGAUUGCCGACCGUAUCAACAUCAAGCGUGGUGGCAUGUGGCCGUCAGCCUACCUGUCUGUCCAGAACGUGAUAGACUGUGGCCAUGCUGGGUCCUGCUACGGAGGAGACCACACAUUGGUGUACCAAUACGCUCACCAGAAGGGCAUCCCUGACGAGACAUGCAACAACUAUCAGGCUAAGAACCAAAAGUGUCAGCUGUUCAACCAGUGUGGGACGUGUUCCUCUGAUGCGUGUGCUGUGGUGCAGAACUACACCCUGUGGAAGGUAGGAGACUACGGGGAGGUGUCAGGACGAAACAAGAUGAAGGCGGAGAUAUACACCAACGGACCAAUCAGCUGUGGUGUGAUGGCUACGAAGGGUCUGGAGGCGUAUAGUGGUGGUGUGUUUGCUGAGUUCCACCCCCUGUCUCUAAUGAACCAUAUCAUCUCAGUAGCAGGCUGGGGGGUGACGGAGGACGGGACAGAGUACUGGGUGGUCCGCAACUCCUGGGGAGAGCCUUGGGGAGAGUACGGCUGGGCGAGGAUCGUGACCAGUGCUUAUAAAGGAGGGAAAGGCAACUGGUACAACCUGGCCAUUGAGAAGAGCUGUGCCUACGGAGACCCCAUCAUUACCUAGAGGAAAGGAGGAAGGAAGGAACUGAGUCUGAUUUCUGUGGUAUCAUAACAAUCAGCUGGCUGACCGGAGGGUUGGACCUGAUCAUUACUGAACAUUAAUAUUGGAGAAUAAUGUGUGUCACUCAAACAGUUGACCAGUUCUGCAGUUCUGGUGUCAAAUGGUGUCACAUAGUAGGAGAUUGGAGUUGAUGGGGAGAACGUUAGGAAGAUCUGGGCUCGUAUUAGAGUUGGAGCGCUGAUCUGGGAUCAGUAUUGCCUUUUAGAUCGUAAUGAAUAAGAUUACAUGGACAGUGGGAACUGUUCCUCAGAUCAGCACUCCUGCUCUGAAAUGCUUUAUGAAUACGGCAAGGCCUUGGCUUUCAGCUCAACUCAUGGGUCCUGCGACAGACUACUUUCAGCUCAACUCAGUGUAAACAUAUGAAGGUCCUGUGACAGCACUGAAACGCUGUCAAACACAACUACACUGAACCACACUGCACACUAAUUCUGGCCUAUUUGAAUGAUGUUAUUAACACAUUUUUUUUUGAAAGAAUAAACAAUGAUUUAGCCUUUUCA